AUGCAGGCAGAGGAAUGCAUACUGUUCUUUGCCAUUCUGGCCCCUCCUACAUUCUCCCCUGCAUCUGCAAGCCAACCGCCUGAGCCCGCCAUACACCUUAUCAAGAUGAGCAAUCUGUCACCCAUGCCACUGACCGAUCAGAUAGCAGGAGUCUUGGAGCUCAUGUUCCGCCGAAAGCUCCAUCUAGCCACUCAUGCAGCCCAUUCUGCGCCAUCUAUAGAAGUGCCUCCGUCCAUGCCAUCUGCCCUCCUAUUGGAGUGCAAUGGCAUUGCAGAUGCCCUUGUGAAGGCCAUCCGUAAUCCUGUAAGGCUGCAGUGGGACAUUGAUAGAUAUUGCGACAGCCUUUCGAUUCAGCCCACGGGGCAGAAUGAAGUCCUCGAGGCAGAACUGGAAUGGAAGUGGCCUCCUCCAUUUGGUGAGAGCGAAAUACGCAUAGACCAGCCCGCCACCCUCGUGGACAUGCACGGACGCAUCUUGGCUUGGAUACUUCCAAGAGUGUUGAUACCAGACCGCCAGACGAAGAUGCUCCAAGCGACCAGGGCCCUACACCCAGCAAUAGCAGCCAGUAAGCCUUCCAGCACCACCGCCAGUUGGCGACACAACCCAUUGUACUUCUUGCCUCCUGAGGAGUGUGCCCAAUUCCCAGCGGGCUCCUUGUGUCUCUCGCCAGGUUGGUUCCAACAACCUUUGCAGCAUAUGGAGUCUGGGAGGCUGGAGACCUCCGCCAGCCUGAAGCUUGAGGGCGGAAGAAGUUGGCUGCGUGAUAUUCAUGACUCCUCCGCAUUGCUGGGCACCAUCCUGGCCGUCGUUCACCCAACACUAUAUGCCGCAGGAUGCCAGUGCUUAGGUUUGAUCCAGCAAGACCCAGAAUUGCGAGAGAUGGUGCUGAACUGGUCGUCGCCAUUCAAUGCGCUCCAGGUGAUCGCCAACCGGGAAACUCCUUUCCACCGAGAUAGCAAGACAAGAUACACAUUCUACGACCUGUUGGUGACGUUGGGCAACUACACUUGCGCGUGGUUGAAGUUCCCCGCCAUGCGUGUCGCCAUCGAUUAUAGUCCUGGAACUGUCAUAGCCUUCUGUGGAAAGGCGAUUCGUCAUGGCGUCACUCGAGCAGAUGGCGAAAGGCUCGUCUAUGCAUACUUCAUGCGAGAGGGUGUCCAGAACAGGCUAGGCAUUCCGGCGCCCCACUGGAUGCAAGCUUCAUAUUACGCCUCACACAUUGGCAUGUGCACAAGGGACAUCAUGCCAAAGACUGAUGGAGACGAGAACACUAUGCAGGGGAUGGAGACUGUCGAUGGCAGCUUCAUUGGUGGGACAAAGUUGGCGGAGGUGAUGGCGAAAUCUCAAGGUGUAGUUAUCACUGAUGACAGCGUAUGGUUGGCGGACCUCGAAGUUGGCGGAGAUGGUGGCGAAAUGUAUUCGGUCGAGAAGUUAUGCAACAAAAGCAGGCUCGUUGUCGACCUGGAUGACGAGGUUGAGUUUGUGACCAAGGUAGCUAAGCAGACCACUAGAGGAGUACGCUAUGUGGACGUACCUUUGUCCAUGCCCAUGGGUUCAAACGUGCCAUCGCCUUCCAAAAGUCCAUCGAAGGCUCCAGCUUCAGGCUCCUUGUUUAACUUGGAUGAUGGCGACGUCCUGGGCAACAUAGGUAUGCCGAUUCAGCUGGAUCUGGCGGCUCGCAAGACAAAGACCCAGAAUGACUUCAUGAGGGACUGGAUACCCCACCGUGAUGACUAUCUUCAUGCCAUUGUCGAGAUGGAAGCCCCGCCUGAGCCCAAAAACUGUGCGGAAUGCAAGCGUGCUCCUUUCCAUCGGAUAGAGCAUUGGCAGGGUCAGUAUUUUGAGCCGGCAUCACUGUAUCGGGUUGGCGUCUGCAUCCAUUUGGGGCAUGGCAGAGAUCCCUGCCCUCUGGGCGCCUUCACAGCACAUAACAACCCUGCGCCGGUGGUGGCCCCAGGGUCCAAUUUCUGGAAUGCCUCCAAUGAAGACCUAAAUGCACAUGAUGGCGAGGUCUCAGAUGAUGGCGAGGUCCCAUUCAACUUUGCACCUCUGGCAGGCACCCUUGACGGUGAAGCAAGGCAAACCGACGAUGCUCCCGAUCCCACUUGGGAGGAAGAUGUGCCACUGGUGCUCUCCCGGCCACCUCGCCGUGAUAGUUAUGGGAAUCGGAUCAUAGUCAUUGUCGACAUCUCUGGCGUUCACCAUAUCGGCGUUGACUGGUGCCAGUGUGAGAUGGCAGUGGAGCGUGACAUGCAGCUUCUUCAAAUGGGACUUUACCCUGGUACCGUCAAGGAUCCCCAUACCGCCUUCACAUUCGCCGUCCUCGAUGAUUUCCUUCUGGAGAACAAAGAGUGCAAGACGGCGGCAUUGAACUACUACAGCAAGCUCAAACGGGUCACGAGCAAUGCCUUCCCUGGCACCGUUCCUGACCGUUAUCGUGAGCUGAUGCGGGUGUCCCGCCAAUGGCGCCAAUUCAAAUAUCGCAAGUGGCAUGGCUUCUCACACGAUGCCCUCCAUCCUGUGGAGAAGGGUGGCCUUGCCAUCUUUUGUCCCGCCUGUCCCCAGCCUGGGCUCAACCUGCCUUUCGAUUGGCAAGCAGAUCCAGUGCAGUGGAAGUUCAAAUGCGGCUUUGUCAUGGAUGGCAAUUUCAGUGCAGAGCACAUGAAGAUGAAGCACCCCGAGGAGGACGUCGCCCUCAGUGACGGCCAGGCAUUCAUGGUCGGCCAAGAGGAUUACAAGGCUCAUCUGGCGGUGGCCAUGGAGUCGCAUCAGCGCUCCACUUGUCAUGAGCACCGCGCUGUCAAUCAGGCCAAUGUGGAUCGCGCCAACCUCGAUGCCACAGGAAUCGGGGCCACUGCUUGCGCCAGACAUGGUUUCUUCGUCCCUCAUACUGUCAUCGAUUUCCAGAAGGGAGAAAGACAAAUGAAUAUGGAUUACUCUCUCAGCAAUGCGCUCCUGACCCUCACCGGUAUCACCCUCAUCCUCAUCAUGUACGACAUCAUGUGCCAGUAUGGUGUCCAUGUCUGCAAACGUUUCCGCCACAGCGCCUAUCUGAGGAUGCCCUUUGAGCUCAAGGUAGACCAAGGCAUCGGCUUGUUUCAUGUGCACGGACACCAAGAUUGCUGCUUCCAACGGUUCUCGCCCAACUUUAUAGUUGGCGCUGGUAUGGUCGAUGGCGAGAUCAUCGAGACCCUGUGGGCGCCGACAAAUGAGGUCUCAGGCAGUACCAGGGGCAUGACCCGAGCUCACCGCCAAGAAGUCCUUGACGAUCACAUGAAUGACUCCAACUGGAAGAAGACGACUCGCAUGGUGCCAACCUUGAUGACAAAGUGGAAACGCGUGCUCCUGGGCUUCCCACGAAGCAAGGAGUCCUUUGAAGCUUUAUCUGCAUCCACAGAUGAGGAUGUCCUUGAGGCAUGGCAGAAGGAGUACGACGACGCUAUGGAGGCUCGCCAAAAUGAUCCGAAGAUCAUGGACACCUUCGAUGUCCAGCUCAUGAAGGCCCCGGGUAAAGACCUCACCCAACUCAGACUGGCAGGCGAGGAGUCCGCCAAGGGCUUGGAGAAGGGCACCGCCGGAUGGUUGUCGACUGGCCUCAAAAUUCAAGAAGCACAGCUUAAGCUUGCGAAUGAUAUCCGCAAGGUGGGUCAAAAUCCGAGCGUGGCGGAGGACCUCAAGACUCUCGAGCGCCGUCAGCACCUCGAAGUCAGCAUUCUCACAUUCCAACGUCGCUCUGAGAAGUUCAUGGGAAGGUUGGAGGACGUUCCCGCCAUGGAAGAUCGUGACGAUGGUGCGCUCUGGGAUUCCUUGGAUGAGAAUCCUUUUCAAAUACACCUGGAGGACGCUGAGUAUGGCGAGGAUGUGAUUCCUCCCGAGCGAGCUUCCUUGAAUUUACCUUCGCAGAUCGGAUUCGUGACCGCUGUCGCCAACGGGCUCCAGACCCUGGCGGCCCAAGAGUUGGAGUUGCGCAAAGGCCUGAUGAAUGACAUCCUCCACGAGCUUCGCAUGGUGCUUGGACUGAAGUCUUACCUCUACCGCAAGAGGGUUCAUCCUGCCAACAGCGUCAGAACCAUGACCUGUGCACAGGCGGAGGUUUAUGCUGCCGAUCAGACUGUCUUGGCCUGCGCCAGGCUCUAUUCCGCCAACCGACACGCCAUUAUGCGCUUGGACACCACUGAUGAAGACUUGGCCCUCUAUCGCCCUUUGGAUAAGAAGGACCUGCACGUGAAGACUGCCGUCAUCGAGGCUAGCACCUCCGGGCUCAGGAACGUCAACCUGGCUUGGUUCUGGACCAUGGAUGUCGCUGGAGAUCGAGGUUCAUCAGAAUGGAUGGACGAGUUCUAUAGAGUGAAUUGGCUGCAUGCCAGAGCUCAAUAUGAGAGAUGGAGGGAGGAGCGUGUCUUGGUCCACUCGGAAAUGGCCUGGACCAUAGCCACCUUCAAGCAGAAUGCGGAACGAUGGGCUCACUGGCUCGAGAUGACGGAUCCUUCCUGGCGGGGUCAUGUUUGCUAUGCCGCCAGGCAAUCUUCAACAUCAGAUGCGCGCCCCUGCCUGUUCUCCAGAGGGAGGUUGCAGUUGGAAGUCUACACUUGGAGGAUCCAAGAAGCUGUUCUGGCACUGGAGCCUGACCCAAAUCACUUCACCAAGGUCCGUUGGGAGGAAGGCUUGCACCGGGAGAUGUUCGCCGUCAGGGGUAUCUGUGGCGACCUCGCGUUGGCGGGUCAUGCUGACCAUAUUGACCAUGGCAGAGUUAUCGCCAGUGUCCUCACCGUCUGCACUUUCAAUCGUGAAGUUCUGCGCCCCAUCAGCAUUGACGUCAAGGCGAUUCCACGCCCCACCACCCUCGUUCCUCAUCCUAAGAACCUACUCGAGGAUUCACCUGACUACUGGUGGAAAUGGGAUCAUCAGGUUGGGCCGGCGGGGAGCCCUAUGGAGGCCUGGUGGUACAAACUUGGUGAUCCCUGGGAGAAGGUGUACACCAUCUCCGAGUCUACACUGGUGCAGCUUGAACAGCUGCAUGUUUGCAUCGUGAACCUCACUAGUUGGUUGCACGAGAGGACAGAUCAGAACCUGAAUGUGGUGCUGGAAGAGCUGCAGGAGGUGACGCGGCAGCUGCAUGCUAAGGUGUCCACGGACUUGUACGACAAGGAGAAAGUUGAUCUUGAGACAAUCAUCGUGGAGGAUGUAUUCAGGCUCCUCCAGUGCGACGACAAUGGGUCAAUGAUGGAGGAGGUGCAGCGCCAUCUCGAGCUGUUCAGUCCCAACAAGCUCGAGUUGGAGGAGCAGAAUGCGUUUCUUCAGUCCCAACAAGCUCGAGUCAGAGAAGCAGAAUGUGUUUCUUCAGUUUCAUGUGGAACCCAUUGUCCUGGGGUCAUGGAGGCUGCCGCCUUGGUUGCCAUUGCACUUUCGAAUGGUGAACACCAGCCUCCCGACUGGCAAGAUUUCAUCGGUAUUGUCCUAUUGCUUUUGGUGAAGGUGAAGGUCAAGCAGGAUGGUACCUGGCAGGAGAUGGAGUUUGCUGGACUCGUUCCAGGUGAUAUGGUUUCGUUAAGCUUGGUGACAUUUUAUUGUACCGGCGGAUUGUUGUCUGACGGAGGCCAUCAAUGUCUCCACCGAUCAAGCUGCUCUCACUGGCGAGUUGUCUUCAGUCAUGCGGCGUCGCUCAUUGGCCAGGACGAUGACACUACCGGACACUUGCAGAAGAUUCUUGCCCAGAUCGGAUCAUUCUGUCUUGUCGUUAUUGGCAUCUUCGUACUUGCCGAGAUUUUCUGCUUGUAUGCCGGCUUUCGUUUCCAGUACUGUCAUGGUCUCAACAACAUCUUGGUGCUCUUGAUCGGUGGAAUUCCAAUUGCGAUGCCUACGGUGUUGUCCGUCACCCUCGCUGGAGGUGCUCAGCAGCUUGCGAAGUACAAGGCCGUCGUUACCUGUAUCACCGUGAUUGAAGAGCUAGCCGCCAUUACCAUCUUGUGCUCCGACAAGACGGGUACCCUCACCACCAAUAAGCUGACCAUUGAUCAUGAGACUAUUUGUACCUACGGUCCUUUCUCUGCCGAGGACAUCAUUCUACUGUCAUCGUAUGCAUCACGCAUGGAGAACCAGAAAGCCAUCAACACUUGCAUCGUCUUUGCUAUCAGCGAUCCAUCUCGUGCUCGCGCUGGUAUUAAGCUCCUUGACUUCAUGCCUUUCAAUCCCAUCAACAAACGUACCGAGAUCACGUACCAUGAGGAGUCAUCGGGCAAGCUCAAGUGUGUCACCAAGUGGCUGGAGGCUGACGUCAAGGAGCUGGCUAGCUGUGGUCUUUGUACACUGGCAGUCGCGUAUGAGGAGGUGGAUGGCGAUGACCCCGAGGGUGAUGGUAAUGGCUUCGAACUCAUUGGUAUACUCCCCAUUUUUGACCCUCCUCAUAAGGACACAAAGCAAACCAUCGACGACGUCAUUGCUCUCGGUGUUCGUGUCAAGAUGGUUACCGGUAACCAGCUCACUAUCGCGAAGGAGACUGGCUGCUGUCUCAGUCUCGGUGACCAUAUGUAUCCCGCUCAGGUUCUUAAGGACGGCCCCGCACCUGGUAGCAAGCAUGCCUCUCUAGACCAAAUGAUCUUGGAUGCAGACAGUUUUGCUGGGGUCUUCCCCGAGCACAAGUACGAAAUCAUCAAGUGCCUCCAAGGCCUUGGCCACCUGUGUGCUAUGACCGGUGACGGUGCCAAUGACGCUCCCACUUUGUCUCGCGCUAACGUCAGUAUUGCUGUUGAGGGUGCCACUGAUGCAGCUCGUGGUGUGGCCAACAUUGUCUUGACGGAGCCCAGUUUGUCCACCAUCGUCCAUGCCAUCUGUGGUUCGCAUGUCAUUUUCCAAUAUGCUGUGCCUUCUGCCACGGCGCUGACCACAUCCACGACAUAUGCCCCUUCCUCACCAUCCCCGGAUGGUUCAAGACUCCGAGCCGCAACACAAUGCGUGAACAGGGAGGCACUCAACCGUUGUAUGCCCGCGGCACUUUCCGUGGUGGGUACUCCAGUCGUGGAGGAUAUGCAGACCGGGGCGGGUACUCCAGUCGCAGAGGAUACGCAGACCAUGGAGGAUAUGCAGACUGCGGAGGACAUGCUGAACGCGGAGGAUUCCUGGAUCAUGGAGGAUUCCCUGAGCGUGACCAUGGCAGCCGUCCUCGCGGAUGAGGAAUGGCAAUUUCUCACUGGUACUGCACGCACGUUCUCGGUCGACCUCUCUUUCCUUGCGAUGUUUGAUCUUGGAGAGUGCGAACACGAGUGGGGAGCAAUGGGCAGGGCGGCUUGCGUGAGGCUUAGCAUGACUCAGCUUGCAAAUUUGCUACUGCUUGCAGCACCUUACUGGCCUCUGUGA